AUCAUAAUUAUAUGUUUUCAAUAUUUGAUAUAAUUUCGAAAUUAUAAAGCGUUUUACAUUUUACAGUUCUGGAGCAGAAACCCGAUUGAUUGUUUGGUAGUAAUUUGUAAAUAAUUUAUUAAAUCGUAAAACAGUCAAAAUUCUCCGUCAUGUUGCUAGUUCAUAAAAUUCAUAGGUUCCGUCAACUAGGAAAGUUUUGCAAAUUAAAUUUUCGAACAAUCAGCAGUUACACACUAAAGCAACAUUUCCGAGAUCAGUCAAAGCGCGUUUUAUAUUCCGGGGAAGCAAGAACGCCAGUUGCGUUCGCAGCUGUUAAUUACAGCACACGUGUUAAUACAUUAGAAUUCGGCGAUAUGGCCAGCAAAACUUCUCAUUUCGUGUUGCCAAAUACUCAGCCCAUUGCUGAUUUGGACUGUAAAAAUGCAUUUGAAAAUUUAACCAAUAAGGAAAAGCUGUACGCUCACUAUUUUAGCAAGGCAUCAUGGGAUGGUGGCCUUGUCGCUUUAAUCCAGUCCAGCCCGGAGGCGCCACUUAUCUUCUCGCUGCUACAUCGUAUUUUUGUUGCCGAAAAGCCCGCGGAGCUGAAAACCAAAGCAUUGGAGGCGGGCGUCACAGAAGAUGAUUUUACCGCAUUCCUUGUUUACGCUUGUGGCGUGUUCGCAAAUGCAGGCAAUUACAAAGGCAUGGGCGAUAGCAAAAUCGUGCCCAAUUUGACGGAGGACAAAUUUGAGUUAAUUGUGCAGUCGUCGGCUGCAUAUAAAGAUGAACCGCGUGUGACCAAGAUUUUUGCGAAGGUGAAAAAUCUUAUUUAUGAACUGAAUGCCCGUAAUGAAGUGCUCGGUUUUGCACCAAGUGGUGUAACCACAUAUUGGUCGGACAACUGCACUAAAGAAGAUUCGGAAAUAGUCAAUGACUGGCUGACGACGAAGCGUAUUGAGCCAUAUAUGUGUCGAACAUUCAAGGUGACAGAAAAUGGAAAGACAUUUUACGACGUUAAGCUCGGUUCAGUUGAGAAUUCCAGCAAGGACGGCAUUACCUUGGCGAUGGAGGAAUACAAGGGUAACCAAUUCCGGGUUACCCGUGGUGAUUAUCAACCGUUGCUGCAACGAGUAAAUGAAAAUUUGCUUCAAGCCAAAAAAUAUGCUGCCAAUACAAAUGAGGAGAAAAUGAUAGAGCAUUAUAUUAAAUCCUUCGAAGAGGGCUCUUUAGCCGAGCAUAAGAACGGUUCCAGAUGGUGGAUCAAGGAUAAGGGACCCGUUAUUGAGACGUACAUUGGUUUCAUCGAAACAUAUCGCGAUCCAGCUGGCGGGCGCGCCGAAUUCGAGGGCUUUGUGGCCAUGGUCAACAAAGAAAGUUCAGCUAAAUUCGCCGAACUAGUCAAUCGUGCCGAGAAACUUCUAGAAUAUUUACCCUGGACUGAGCCCUAUGAGAAGGAUUCGUAUUUGAAACCUGAUUUCACGUCUCUCGAUGUGCUAACGUUUGCUGGAAGUGGUGUUCCUGCUGGUAUCAAUAUACCAAACUAUGACGAAAUUCGUCAGGAUGAGGGCUUUAAGAACGUUUCGCUGGGCAAUGUGUUGGCUAACAUAAAUCGCAAAGAUGCCAUACCUUUUUUAUCAGAUGAGGACCAGACGCUUAUGAAAGAGUACAAAGUAAAAGCAUUUGAGGUUCAAGUAGGAUUACAUGAGCUGUUGGGACAUGGUAGUGGCAAACUGUUCCGUAUUGAUGAAAAUGGUACCUACAACUUCGAUGUGAAGACGGUGAAAAGCCUCAUAACUGAUGAGCCCAUUACCAGUUGGUAUAAGCCUGGCGAAACAUACGAUACGAAGUUCGGAGCCAUUGGUUCAUCCUACGAGGAAUGCCGCGCAGAAGCAGUUGGUCUCUAUUUAUCUUUGCAGCGGGAUAUAUUGGAAAUAUUUGGUUUCAAAGAUGCUGCGGAGCAGGACGACAUCAUUUACAUAAACUGGCUAAGCCUGAUUUGGAACGGUAUGGGCGUUGCCUUGGAAAUGUAUAAUCCCAAAUCUAAGCUGUGGCUACAAGCGCAUUCGCGUGCGCGUUUCGUCAUCAUGAAAGUGUUGCUUGAAGCAGGUGAAGGAUUUGUUACCAUUAAAGAGACUGAGGAUGGUAAAAAUCUGUUACUAACAUUGGACCGUAGUAAAAUCCAAACGGUUGGCAAAAAAGCGCUUGGUGAAUUUUUAACCAAGCUGCAGGUGUACAAGUCCACAGCUGAUAUCGAAGCAGCUUCGAAAAUGUACGAACACUACUCGGAGGUAAACGAAAGUGGACCUUAUCCUUGGGCAAAGUGGCGUGAUAUAUGCCUAGCGCACAAGAAACCGCGAAUUAUUUUGGUGCAGGCCAAUACGGUUGUAAAUGGAGACAAGGUAGAAUUGAAGACCUAUGAUGCGACUCACGAGGGUUAUAUUCAAUCGUGGGUGGAACGCUAUCCCACUACUGAGAUUGAUAAUGUACUGGAAGAUAUUGUAGAGCACGAUAAAAAGUAUUUCCCUAUGGCCUAUUCUAAAUAAGACAGUUGUAAAUCGUACAUUCAUGUUGAUUCAGAGUAUACAUACGUAAAUUGAUAUAUUAAAGAUCUUUAUAUACUGA